AUGUAUCGUGACAACCGUGUCCUGAGCUAUCGGAGCCGCCGGCCCUUCUUAUCCGUUAUUAAGGCAACCAAGGGGGGCAGAGCCAUAUACCCGAUCCAUGAUGGCGAGGGCUACCGAUCCUAUCGCGAAAUUAUCUAUCAAGCGCAUCCUCGAAAUGUGCUCGUCUACGGGGUUGGCAGCAGCGAAUGCAUUCGUCAGACGGACUGCGAUGUCGAGGAGGACGCCCUCGUCAAUGGGGCGACCGUGUUCGUGAGCGAGACGCUCUACCGACCGAUUGUGCCAACCGCUGAUAUCGACUACUACCUUCAAAUUCUUGGACUGCAAAUCCAGGUCUGCUCGUCUGUGUCGCGAGUGAGGGUACUAGCGCCGACUAUCCACAUGGCUUCUGGUCGGCUACCAGCCCAUCCAACUUUGGUUGCCAUGUCCGUGAGGACGAAAUAG